AUGAUAAUUGUUGCUAUGGUGACGGUUGCUAUGUUUAUUGUUGCUAUGAUAAUGGUUGCUAUGUGUAAAAAUCGGCUGAUCAGACGAAGGAUUGAUUAUAGCAGAAGAAAUUCAAUGGACCUCGGAGAUGCAUCUCGGGAGUCAGAAUUUGUAGUUUUAAAAGAAAGACGGCUGGUACCUCGCGAAGCAGUAUUCGAAGGGAUGAAACGUUUUUCAUUUUUGUUAGAAACUUGCCAACCUGGUUCAGUACCAGACCAUCAUUUAAUAGCAGCAAUUCUCGACCUGCCUCACGCUCCAGUGGUAGCCAGAGCAUCAUUGCUGCUAGAGUGUGCCCACUUGGUCCACCAGUGUAACAAAGGCCACUGGCCAACCUGGAUGAAGAUCAACCUCCCGAUAUUCCGACCAUCAAUUGCCAUGAGCACCAGAAACGCUCCCAGUGGCUUAAGACGGACUCAUGUUCUCCAACGAGCUGCUGGGAAACUAUUUUACCAGUGGGCUGAAGCUAUCAGUGCGCGGCUAGAAGAAUUCAUGAAUGAAGACAAGAAAAAUGUUGAUCAGAUUAUUGCUUUGGUUAAUGACGAGUCGAAGCAGAGGGAGCUGAUACUUUAG